AUGAAGCGAAAGUCUGAGGAUGUAGAAGGGAAGGACGCAGUGAAGCCAACGAAAGAGAAGAAAAGGAAGAAGCACCGACAUCGUUCUCAUGGGUCUGAAAGUGAAAAUUCGGCGCCGCGCAUAGCGUCUACGGACGUGGAAAGCACACUUAGCAAAGGGAAGUCAAUAUCGAAAUCGGAUGGUGAAAAAUUGAAGAAAGAGACGAUCAAAUCUCACCUAGAGCAACUUGAACGAAUCACGCACGACAUUGCUUCGGACCCGGAAUCUAUCAGAAAGUACAUCGGGAAUGGCGCGAGCAUAGAAAUCAUCAGCGCAGCAGCAGAGCUAGCGAGGGCCUUUGCCCGGUCGAAAUUAUCAUCAGAGCAACCUUCCGAACCCAAAGAACCACCUAAUGCUCCGUCUUCCUUCGAAGCGCCUCCGAUCAAGGAUAAGACACUCGAAACCGCUGUGUUCACGCACCAGGGUGAGGUCCAUGCACAGGCGCCAUCCGCAGUUCACUCUAGUUAUGACCGACUUGAAAUCCUUGGAGACGCAUACCUCGAAGUCAUCGCCACAAGGCUGAUUUGGGAUCGCUUCCAAACCCUACCAGCAGGUCGCAUGUCCCAAAUCCGCGAACUCCUCGUCAAAAAUGAAACGCUCGCCCAGUUUUCUGAACGAUAUGGCUUUGAUAGACGCGUAAAAAUCGCCACUGAUAUCCGCAGCCAAGCAAAGCGCUGGAUGAAAGUUAAGGGGGAUAUCUUUGAAGCGUAUGUCGCAGCCGUGAUUCUGUCCGAUCCAGUCAAUGGGUUCAAUUUGGUUGAAGAGUGGCUGGCGCAUCUUUGGAUUCCAACACUCAAUCAUGUUCAGCCGGAAAACCAAGCUGCACAUUACAAGGAGACCUUAGCCAAAAAGGUAAUGGGGAAGGGUAUCAAAUUGCGAUACAUCAAUGAGAGUCCUCCUGUUAACCGAAAAGGUGGGAUGCAAACCUUUUUCAUAGGCGUGUAUCUUACAGGAUGGGGAUGGCAAGAUCAACACCUAGGCUCCGGGAGUGGACUUAAUAAAGCCGCUGCAGGCAAUGCGGCAGCAAAACAGGCAGUCGAGAACCACCCACUUAUCGAUGAAAUCCAUGCCGUUAAAAAGUCCUUCGAUGAGAAGGUUAAAGCAGAAAGGGAGAAGGCCGUUUCUGCGGAUUGAACUAUCCAUCUUCAAGGCAGAAAGAGAAAAACGGUAUUUCGAUGCCUCGGUUGCAUUAAAUGCUUAUAGACAAUUUUAAACAUGGAAACCACGACAGCCUUGCAUGUCGGUCCUUCACUGUAAGUUCAUGACAAUGGUACGCCUUGUAUGUAUGUACUAUACAUACAUCAUGAUCUUCUGAUGUUUCGUUUUUACCGGAAUCUACACACCACAUCAUACCAAGCAAGAUGGAAUGGCAAUUGUAAUUUAGAAUA